AUGUCAGGAGAAAAUUCAAGCACGCCGACAUCGAUCACGCUGCCCUGGGCCAGCGACUUCCACUGCCACCUGAGACAGGGUGCCAUGAUGGAGACUGUCACGCCGAUGGGGCGUCCACACGGUCCUGCCAUGCCCAACCUCACGCCGCCAUUGACCACCACGCAGAUGGCCGUGGACUACGGCAAGAAGCUGCAAAAGCUCGCUCCCAACGUGCACUUUAUCCUCACGCUGUACCUCAACCCAGCACUGACCCCUGCGGAGAUUCCAAGGCUGCAGCAGCCGGUGUACCCCAGCGGCGUAACGACAAACAGCGACUGGGGCGCCAUGCAGGAGGCCAACAUGGUUCUGUGCCUGCACGGCGAGUGCCCGUCAGACGCGGCCAAGGGUAUUUGCAUUUUGAAUGCUGAGGAGAGGUUUUUGGCGACACUGCGCGAGCUGCACCAGGCCUUCCCCAAGCUGCGCAUUGUCCUAGAGCAUGCCACGACGCAGGCCGCUGUGGAGCACACCGUCGGGUGCACAAUCACCGCCCACCACUUGUUCAUCAUUAUCGAUGACUGGGCGGGCCACCCGCACCACUUCUGCAAGCCUGUUGCAAAAUUCCCGCAUGAUCGCGAUGCCCUGCGGGAGCGGCCAUCCGCGCUUUUUCCUUGGCUCGACUCUGCGCCGCACCCGCGCAGCGCCAAGCAAGGAGAGAAGCCGGCAGCCGGUGUCUUUACCACGCCGAUUCUCAUCCCACUGAUGGCUACGUUGUUUGACAAGAUGGAGUGCUUGGAUAAGCUUGAGGGCUUUAUUUCGACUUACGGUCGCCAGUUCUACGGCUUGCCUGAGCCCAUUGACGGGACCAUCACUUUGGUGCGCUUGCCGCUUGCCGUCCCGGCUGCCUACGCUGUUUCCGGCAGCGCGUCUGAUGGCGAGACUGUGGUUCCAUUCAUGGCCUCGACGGAGAUUGGGUGGUCGAUUGCCAAGACCGAGUGA